GUGUGGGACUGUCAUCCCAUUGAGGGGAGUAGCUGUGGUGUUUUGAUCGAAAUCCAGCAGAUGUGGGAGAAGAGAGAGAGAGAGGGAGAGAGAGGGAGAGAGAGAGAUAUUUCCACCCACCCAACAAGGAGACACACUCAUAAACAGCAGACAGACAGAGUGAGAGUCAGAAAGACACAGGAUCUUAGGGCAGCAGCAGUUCAAACAGCGAGGCAGACAGAAGACAGAGUUUCAUUGAGAGAAGAUGUUUUAUUAAAGGGGAGGAAAAGUCCUCACACACAUACGUAGACACACACACUAAUAAACAUAGAGCGUGCCACCCAGACAGACGGGCAGGAACCAGCUAAAGCCAAGAUUUACUACCAUUAGCUAGAGAGAAAAAGUCUAAUAAGGACACACAUACUAAACUCUUUCUCCCCACAUCUCACACACAAACACGUACUGGUGCUAAGUGUGUGCUAUCCAGUGUGAGGAGCAGGGCUGAUCGAUCCCAACAAGUGGAGCAUCAGGGAGGAAGGAGCAAGCGAGUGGAUGGAUGCCUUUUGCAGACUUAGUGGCCUGGACCCUCUAUGGGACUGGAACCGUACGUGGUACACAGCCAACCCAGACCUGACCCAGUGUUUCCAGAACACAGUACUGGUGUGGGUCCCCUGUAUCUAUCUGUGGUUGCUGGCCCCUUUCUACUGCCUUCACCUCUACUGCCAUGACUGCGGACGCAUUCGAAUGUCCUGCCUCUGCACCGCCAAGAUGGUGUUGGGUUUCCUGCUGGCCUCUUUUGGCUUUGUGGAGUUCUUCUACAUCCUGCUGGAGAGGAGCCAGGAGAUCCAGCAGCAUAUGGUCUUCCUACUCAGCCCCAUCAUACGCAGCAUGACUGUGAUCUUGGCCUUAUGCAUCAUCCAGUUGGAAAGAAUAAGAGGCUGUCGUUCCUCUGUAUUCCUCUUCCUGUUCUGGGUCUUGGCUGUUGUCUGUUCCCUGGUGCCUCUCAGAGCGAAGAUCCAGCUGGCCAUGGAUGAGGGCAUUGCCUCGGACAUUGUACGAUACCUCGCCUUCUUCUCCUACUUCACAAUCCAACUGGCCCAGCUCUUCUUGUGCUGUUUUGCUGACCAGCCUCCAGAGGGAAAACCCAUCUUGGAAAAGAAUCCCUGUCCUGUAAAAGAUGCCUCUUUCCUGUCAAAGAUUCUCUUCUGGUGGUUCACUGGGCUUGUUGUGAAAGGAUAUCGCACCCCGCUGGUAGCAGAGGAUCUGUGGACCCUGAGGGAGGAAGACACGUCGCACAAGAUCAUCUCUGAGCUGGAAGAGGACUGGACAGAUGAAUGUGCCAAACUUCAAAAGCAGGAGAAGGACUUAGCAUCGGGUGUGGCGCUGGGGAGCAGACUACCAGACCAGGCUCAGCUCCUCAGGAAGCUGCAGAAGGAGCAGAGCUCUGGCUUCUUCCUACUGAGGGCGCUGGCACGCAAGUUUGGUCCAUACUUCCUGACUGGUACCCUGUGUAUCAUAUUCCACGAUGCCUUCAUGUUCGCCAUCCCCCAGGUGCUUAGUCUUCUUCUGGAUUUCAUGAGAGACGAAGACGCUCCGCUGUGGAAAGGCUACUUCUACGCCACUCUAAUGUUCCUGCUGUCCUGUCUCCAGUCCCUCUUCAACCAUCAGUACAUGUACACCUGCUUCACAGUGGGAAUGAGAGUGAAGACAGCUGUCAUGGGCUUGGUUUACAGGAAGUCUUUGGUGAUAAACAGUGCCUCCAGGAGGACUUGCACUGUGGGCGAGAUUGUGAAUCUGGUUUCGGCAGACACUCAGAAGCUCAUGGACUUUGUGGUGUACUUCAACGCUGUCUGGCUGGCUCCUAUUGAAAUUGCUCUAUGUCUAUUCUUUCUCUGGCAGCAUCUUGGCCCAUCGGCAUUGGCAGGAAUUGCCACUGUCAUUCUCAUUUUUCCACUCAACGGAUUCAUAGCAAAGAAAAGAAGCAAGCUACAGGAGAUCCAAAUGAAGUUCAUGGACGGCCGCAUCAGACUGAUGAAUGAGAUCUUGAAUGGAAUAAAAAUCUUGAAGUUCUAUGCCUGGGAAAAGGCCUUCCUGGAGCAGGUUUUGGGCCAUAGAGAAAAAGAGCUCAAAGCCCUGAAGAAGUCUCAGAUCCUUUAUUCCAUCUCCAUCGCAUCCUUCAACUCCUCUUCUUUCCUGAUUGCCUUCGCCAUGUUUGGAGUCUACGUGACACUCGAUGACAGGAACGUCCUGGAUGCACGAAAAGUUUUUGUCUCAAUGGCGCUGAUCAACAUCCUGAAGACCCCACUCAGCCAGCUUCCAUUUGCUAUAAGCACAACCAUGCAGGCUAUGGUUUCACUGAGACGUCUGGGAAAGUACCUGUGCUCAGAGGAACUGAAAGUGGACAAUGUCUCAAAGGCUCCAUUGAGUUCUGAUGGGGAAGACGUGGUGAUAGAAAACGGCACUUUCAGCUGGUCUGCAGAGGGUCCUCCAUGUCUUAAAAGGAUCAGUAUCCAUGUGCCACGAGGUGCUCUCGUCGCUGUGGUCGGACAUGUGGGCAGUGGAAAGUCCUCUUUGUUGUCCGCCAUGCUUGGUGAAACAGAGAAAAGAAGCGGCCGUGUCACUAUUAAGGGCUCUGUGGCGUAUGUGCCCCAGCAGGCCUGGAUACAGAACGACACAGUCCAAGACAACAUCAUAUUUGGCCGUGAGAAACUGAAGACAUGGUACCACCGGGUGCUGGAGGCCUGUGCACUGCUGCCCGACCUGGACAUCCUGCCUGCUGGAGAUGCUACAGAAAUUGGAGAGAAGGGACUGAACCUCUCAGGUGGGCAGAAGCAGAGGGUAAGCCUGGCCAGGGCUGUCUACAGAAAGGCCGAUGUAUACCUCAUGGAUGAUCCGCUGUCUGCUGUUGAUGCGCAUGUGGGUCAGCACAUCUUUGACAAAGUCAUUGGACCAAAAGGAGUCCUUAGAGACAAGACCCGCAUCCUAGUGACCCAUGGGAUGAGCUUCCUGCCACAGGCUGACCUCAUCCUUGUUCUGGGAGAUGGAGAAAUCACAGAGAGCGGCUCCUACCAGGAGCUCCUCAGCCGCCAUGGCGCCUUUGCUGACUUCAUUCACACCUUCGCCAGCACAGAGCGAAAAGAGAGCGCCAUACAGAGAGCUGGUUCCAGGAGGUCCAAUGCUCGUCUCAGCAUGGUCGACUUCAUGCCAUUCUCCAGAGACCUGUCACAGGAGCAGCUCAUUGGGGGUGACACCACGAAUACCAACCUGCAGAAUAUGGAGCCUGUGUCUGAAACAGACCAGGAACAGGUACCAGAGGACUUGGGCAAGCUAACUGAGGCUGACAAGGCCCGCACUGGAAGGGUGGCGUUGGCGAUGUACAAGAAGUACUUCAAGACCAUCGGCUUGGCCAUCAUCAUUCCCAUCGUCUUCCUGUAUGCUUUUCAGCAGGGCGCCUCAUUGGCCUAUAACUACUGGCUGAGUGUGUGGGCUGAUGAUCCAAUUGUUAACGGCACCCAGAGCGAUACAGACCUGAAACUGACCGUGUUUGGAGCACUGGGCUUUGUGCAAGGUAUCGCCAUCUUUGGUACGACUGUUGCCAUUUCCAUCUGCGGCAUCAUCGCCUCUCGCAAAUUGCACACGGACCUGCUGAUCAACGUGCUGCGCUCUCCGAUGUCUUUCUUUGAGUGCACGCCCAGCGGCAACCUACUCAACCGCUUUGCCAAAGAGAUCGAUGCCAUCGACUGCAUGGUCCCCGACGGCUUGAAGAUGAUGCUAAACUACGUCUUUAAACUCAUGGAGGUUUGCAUCAUUGUGCUGAUGGCGACGCCCUUUGCAGCCGUGGUGCUCCUGCCUCUCGCUUUCCUUUACGCCUUUGUCCAGAGCUUCUAUGUCGCCACAUCCUGUCAGCUGCGGAGGCUGGAAGCUGUGAGCCGCUCGCCCAUCUACACCCACUUCAACGAGACGGUGCAGGGCGCCAGCGUCAUCCGGGCCUUUGGCGAGCAGUCCAGGUUCAUUCUGCAGGCUAAUGAGAGGGUCGACUUCAAUCAGACCUCCUACUUCCCCCGAUUUGUGGCCACCCGGUGGCUGGCAGUCAAUCUGGAGUUUGUUGGUAAUGGUGUGGUCUUAGCUGCUGCCAUUCUCUCUGUGAUGGGAAAAGGCACCCUGAGCCCAGGCAUAGUUGGUUUGGCUGUGUCACACUCCCUACAGGUGACUGGAAUCUUGAGUUGGAUUGUAAGAUCCUGGACUGAUGUGGAAAACAACAUUGUGUCUGUGGAGAGAGUCAAUGAGUAUGCUGAAACUGCUAAAGAGGCGAGUUGGAGUAUUGAAGGCAGCUCCUUGCCCCUGGCCUGGCCCCAGAGAGGUACUAUCGAGUUCCAAGACUAUGGGCUGCAGUACCGUAAAGGCCUUGAGUUGGCUCUAAAGGGCAUUACCUUGCAAAUUCAUGAAAGAGAGAGGGUUGGAAUUGUGGGUCGGACAGGAGCGGGGAAGUCUUCACUUGCCCUGGGAAUCUUCAGGAUCUUAGAGGCAGCAAAGGGAAAGAUCUUUAUAGAUGGAGUCAACAUCGCCGACAUUGGACUCCAUGACCUCAGAUCACGCAUUACUAUCAUUCCUCAGGACCCUGUGCUGUUCUCAGGCUCCCUCCGGAUGAAUCUCGACCCCUUUGACACCUACACAGAUGAGGAGGUGUGGAGAUCACUGGAGCUCGCUCACCUCAAAAACUUUAUCUCUAAUCUGCCUGAUAAACUCAACCAUGAAUGCUCAGAGGGAGGAGAAAACCUCAGUCUGGGUCAGCGCCAGCUAGUGUGCCUGGCCAGGGCCUUGCUAAGGAAAACCAAGAUCCUGGUUUUGGAUGAGGCGACAGCUGCUGUGGAUCUGGAGACAGACACACUCAUCCAGUCAACAAUCCGCACACAGUUUGAAGACUGCACCGUCCUGACCGUCGCUCACCGCCUGAACACUAUCAUGGACUACACAAGAGUGAUCGUCAUGGACAGAGGCCACAUUUCUGAGAUGGACUCUCCAGCCAACCUCAUCGCACAGCGGGGACAGUUCUACCGAAUGUGCCGGGAAUCUGGGCUGAUCUAGGUCUUCAUUGGGCUUCGUAGCAUGGAGCUGGUGUCCAGCUGUAUAGAUGUGGCACCUUACUUGUGUGGCUCUCCAGCACACGUUAAAUUGGGCCAUUCCUUUGUGGCAGCUCAAAGCGCCUCUCCAUGAGGGCAUUGUCAAUGAAUCCCAAGAGCAGCUGCUGACGCAGUCCCUAUUUGUUGGUUUUUUUAUCACACACAGACAUGCUGUCUUAAAGACAUUGUUAACCUCAGAUGAUGAACAUUCAAAGGAAAGCUACAGUGGAUUGUUGAGUCUCCAUCCAAACUAUUAAUAUUGUAUAUAGAGUAGUGGAGUCAGUUUAUUCCGAGGAAAGGAUAAAGCCAAGAGUAUCACAGAUCUUAAGGAUUUUCAUUCUCUUUUUGAAUGGGAGGCUAUAUUAUUUUUGUAGUUUUUGUAAGUGUUAUAAAGCACAUGAUAUAUUUUUUCAUGUUGUCUCAGGCUUAAAUGUUGAUGUUUACUUACUUUUUUAGCCUUGUAUACCAAAAAAGAGGCAAUUUUGUAAUUGUAAAGAAGAAGUUUAUUUUGUCUCCUUGUCCCAGAAACUGGGACAGGAAAUACUCUGACACACUAACCUUCAAAAGGUUCACCCUGGCAAAUGCAGGAGAAGUGAGGUUUUCACUGCCUUCAAAAUCUGAGCUAGAAGCAGCCAAUGUGGAGUUUUAUACGUCAGGGGAAAAAAGGAAAACAUUGAAGUGAGCCAAGACAUUAGCAAUCGUCCAACUAUGUUGCGGCUGUUGUUUAUUUCUGUCAAAGUAAACACAUAAAAAAAGUCAAUAGAGACCUUGCUGGUCCGAUUUAACCUGACGCUGGUAGUGAAAACCACCAUGAAUGAAGAGAAUGCCUCUUCAAAACAAUGGUGAUAUAUCUCUGUGUGAUUGUGUCUCGGCCUCCACCACACAACUCAGGCCAUAUGCAGAGAAGAAUAAAAUCAGGAUUGUUCUUAUGGUGCUGACAUGACAGACUGUAAAUAGUCCACAUUGCCCUUUACUCUCUUCAAAGAAAGAACUCUAUGAACUUUUCAAAGAGAAGAGCCAUUUACUGUUUUUGUCUUACUGGUUUAGACAAUAUAUUGUAAGAGAAACCCUAUAGUUUAUUUAUGUCGUAUGACAAAAUGUAUUAAGUGUCCUUAAGAUUCUGAGGAUUGUAUGAUAUUUAUACUUUUUUUAUAACAAGCUUGUUCAUUUUUUUUCACUUUUACUGUUAAUGUACUGUCUUGUUCCAUAGAUCAUGCUGAAUAAUAAAAUGUAUUUGAAUCUACAA